AUGGAGGACCGAUUCGAGGUCCGUUCGGCUCGCUCUAACACAACCUUCAAUGAUGUGGUUGGGGUGGACGAGGCCAAGAAGGAGCUUGAAGACAUCGUUGCGUACUUGAAGGACCCAGCCAAGUUCACUCGUCUCGGGGGGAAGAUGGCAAAGGGAGUUCUGCUCUGGGGCCCUCCUGGCACCGGCAAGACCCUCCUGGCCCGGGCGAUAGCUGGGGAGGCAGGCGUGCCCUUCAAGUACGCCUCGGGGUCAGAGUUUGAAGAGAUGUACGUGGGUGUGGGUGCGAGGAGAGUGAGAGACUUGUUCCAAGCAGCGAAGAAGUCGCUGCCUUGCAUCGUGUUCCUCGACGAGAUCGAUGCCAUCGGCAGCUCCAGGUCCAUGACCGACCAGCAGUCUCUGCGUCAGACGCUGAACCAGAUCCUGACGGAACUUGACGGCUUCACCUCAUCGGAAGGACUGAUUGUCAUUGCUGCCACCAACUUUCCCGAAGUCUUGGACAAGGCAUUGCUCCGUCCGGGUCGCUUUGAUCGCCACAUCGAGGUCCCGAACCCUGACGUGAAGGGCAGAGAAGAUAUCUUGAAGCUGCAUUCCCGCAACGUCACGAUUGCCCCUGACGUCGACCUCCACAUCGUUGCUCGCGGCACGCCUGGCUUCAGCGGCGCAGAGCUGGCUUCUCUGGUGAACAAGGCAGCAUGCAAGGCGGCUAAGGACGACAAGAUGCACGUGUCGAUGGCGGACUUCGAGUACGCUAAAGAUCUCAUCCUCAUGGGAUCGGAGCGAUCAAGCUCCAUCUACUCCGACGAGAACCGAAAGCUAACUGCUUUCCACGAGGGGGGGCAUGCGCUGGUAGCGUGCUACACUGACGGUGCCCUCCCCGUCCACAAGGCCACCAUCGUUCCACGCGGUCAGGCUUUGGGUAUGGUGAUGCAGCUUCCAGAGAAGGAUAUGACAAGCUGGAGCAGAAGACAAAUGAUGGCGGAGAUGGACGUGUGUAUGGGAGGGAGAGCGGCUGAGGAGCUCAUCUUCGGGGUACACAACAUCACAUCAGGAGCGACUUCGGACCUUGAGAGGGCCACUUCGAUCGCCUGCAGCAUGGUGGAGAAGUUUGGGAUGAGCCGCCGAGUAGGCCUGGUGGCCUACGGCGGGGGGGGAGGACGAGGCCAUCGUGGAGGAGGGCGAGGGAACCGAGGGAGUGAAAUGAGCGAAGAGACCCGGGCGAUCGUUGACGAGGAGGUCAGGAAGCUCACGGAAGCCUCGUAUACUCGCGCCAUGAAGCUGCUCAAGUCCAAACGAGCGGCUCUCGACGCGCUUGCGGCUGCGCUGUUGGAGCAUGAGACGCUGUCCGGAGACCAGGUUCGAGAGAUCUUGAGCGAGUCGGAGAGCCAAGAAUGGGGCGUCGUGAAGCACUUGUACUCCAUGCUGACCAGCAGAGUCGUUCCGAGGAAGGCAGCGAGUUUCGCCGAGAAGAAGCAAAUGAAGAAGAUGGAGGAGAGGCUUCAGUCCAUGGAGGAUCAGAUCAAGACGCUCAGCAACAUUGCUUCGCAACUGAUGGAUCUCACGGUCGUCAUUGAGAAGCAAGGGUCUGCUUCCGCCGCUGCAUGAGAGCUUCGUCCAGUGUUGUAGUAUUUAGCAUGAUCCUGACAUAAAUUUGAUGGUC